GGCGGCUUGUGAAGCUGGUAGUCGGGGACGGAGGAGUGUAUAGAACCGACUGUUGUGUACCGGGGUGAUUCGCCAGUAUGCACCCAGCGGUGGCUGUAGGUCUGGUGUUCUGUGGCUGCUGCAGCAAUGUGGUGUUUUUAGAACUGUUAGCCAGGAAGUUUCCAGGAUGUGGGAAUAUAGUGACGUUUGCACAGUUUUUAUUAAUAGCAGUAGAAGGCUUUAUCUUUCAGGCAGACUUUGGAAGAAAGCGUCCUGCCAUACCAUUAAGGUAUUAUUUUAUCAUGGUGGCUAUGUUUUUUACAGUCAGCGUGGUGAAUAAUUAUGCACUCAACCUCAAUAUUUCAAUGCCACUACACAUGAUAUUUAGAUCGGGAUCAUUGAUAGCAAACAUGGUCCUGGGUAUCCUGAUUCUACAUAAGAGGUACAGCAUUUCCAAAUACUUGUCAAUUGGGCUAGUCUCUUUUGGAAUUUUUAUUUGCACACUGAUGUCUGCAAAGCAAGUGGCUUCUCACUCGGCAUCCAAUGACGACGAGGGAUUUGUAACUUUUCUCUGGUGGCUUUUAGGUAUUGCUGCUUUGACCUUUGCCCUUGUGGUGUCAGCCAGGAUGGGAAUCUUUCAGGAGACACUCUAUAAGGAAUAUGGAAAACAUUCUAAAGAAGCAUUAUUUUAUAAUCAUGCAUUGCCGCUGCCAGGAUUCCUUCUUCUAGCACCUGACAUAUAUAACCAUGCAGUUCUCUUUACUCAGAGCGAGCCCUUCCAGCUGCCUCUACUCGGAAUCCAGAUGCCAAUCAUGUGGUUUUAUUUGCUCAUGAACAUCAUUACACAAUAUGUGUGCAUCAGAGGAGUAUUUUCCCUUACUACAGAGUGUCCCUCGCUCACAGUUACCCUGGUUGUUACACUACGAAAAUUCCUCAGCCUCAUCUUCUCCAUCUUGUAUUUUAAGAAUCCUUUUACUGCGUGGCACUGGAUUGGAACAAUAUUUGUGUUUUUGGGUACGCUGCUGUACACUGAGGUGUGGAACAGCAUUCAGGGUCCACCCAGCAAAAACAAGGACACAAAGAAGGACUAAAUGUCUUUAAUGUGUAUCAUACAGAAUGCUGCAGCUCACAGUAUGCGGUAUUGUAGAAAGC